AGGAGGGAAAGCUGAUGCUGAAGCUUUAGAAAUCAAUGAUACUGUUGCGUUUAAACCGGUUAAACUAGAACCAAAUGAAAUGGGUAUAGGAGUCAGUGGCAAUAGUAAAGAAGAAACCCUUUCCCAUAACAAUCCUUCAAUGGAUGCUCUUAACAUGUGUGAUGGGAAAGAUUUUAGUAUUGAAGGAAAAGGAGCUGAAGCACGAAGACAAAAAAGGAGUCCUAGAAGGACAGGGAAAAAACCAAAGAAAAUAAAAAAGAUCAGUACUAGGCGUUUGGGGACGACAGAUGCGACGACUGUGACGAGGAAUGUGACGAGGAACGUGACGACUAAUGUGACUUCUGUUGCAAAUGCAAGGAGGCUUGAUCCUCUCUCACAAUUAUUUUAUAACUAAUGAAACACGAAAGUAUAAGUAUACUACUGUUGUUAUUCAGUUUAUGAUAAUAUUGCAUUCAACAAGUUUGCCAAAAAUUAUUCAAAU